GCCAAUCAGAGAACGAGAAAAUAUGCGGAAGUCACAUGACCUGAUGUGGACGCCAUUUGUGAGAAAAGCUUGCAACAGGUCACAUCUAGCUUCAUCAACUGCCAGAUUUCUCUUCAAAUUUGCCAAUCAGAGAACGAGAAAAUAUGCCGAAGUCACCUGACCCGAUGCGCAUGCCAUUUGUGAGAAAUCCUUCCUACAGGUCGCAUCCAGCUUCAGCAACAUCGAGAUAUCUCUUCAAAUUUGAAUAAAAACAACAAAAAUAGAGGAAAAAAGUGCCACUUCAAUAAAAACGUAUCUUCCAAAGCUGUUUCAAAAAAGCAAUUAUUUCGACGUAAUAUUCUCUAAUCGGUUAGAAACUUGAAAAAUUGAAGAAACAAUUGAUUUUGCAACUGUACUUCGGGAGCCAUUUGGAAAAUGAGGAUCUUUGGAAAUUGUCUUGAAGAUAGUAAGCCUAUACGAAAAGCUCAUUACUUCGACGUUGGAUUCCCCGAGAGAUGAAGUGAUUCCAGUCUACCUUUUAUGCAGAUAUCUUCAAAAAUUAUUCUAUCCUCGAUGGCUUGUGGUGUCACGUACUUCAAAUAUAAGGGCGAAAGUAAAAAAGGGAAUGUUGGAAGGACAAAAUUCUUCAUACUCGGACUUUUUAGAACUCGGUCUAUUUUGACGGUUAUUUUUCACAUUUUCUGAAUGGAAAUUUAACUUGAAAGUAGGGAUCUCCGAGGGCUAUUUAGUUUGAAAGAAUCUUCUGGAAGCUGAAAAUUCGUCAUCAAGAUGUCCGUUUCUUUGAAGGAUGGGUGUUUGUUGCGGAGCUGCUCCUGGAGAAGAUCUGGCAUAGCUGAGUCGCAGUUGAAUGCAGUUGGUCCACGAGAGAGAUGAUUUUAAAGAGAGGAUAUUAUCAUGGUGUUAUCGUAUCUCAAAAUCACUAAGAAAAAAUAAAUAGUGUUCAAUAAUCUGGAAGGACAGGAAGGAUGUGGACGAAGAAAAGUGGCCCCAGUAUGUUGCCAUUUUUUUCAAAAUGUAGUCUAUUUUUUUAUAUUUUAUUUAUUGCAUGGCACAUAGCUCCCGACCUGUGCAGAAGUGCAUGAAACAAACAGGGAUCUCGGGGGUGGCCCAAGAAGAAGCCAAGGUAGGGGCAAUGUUGUCAUUGCUUCAACGUGGGUUCGCCGAUCGCGUACUUUUAUUUUAUUUUUAAUGGUUUUGGAAUAACCGUUGGUGCUCAUCGCUAUUGGACACAUCGAUCUUUUAAAGCUAAAUUACCCCUUCGAUUGAUUAUGGCUGGUGGCUACUAUUCUGCAGGUCAUUUUAAACUACGACAUUGGAUUAAGUUACAUAGAACACAUCAUAAAUACACCGAUACUGAUGGUGAUCCACACAAUGUGAAUCGUGGAUUUUGGUUUUCCCAUAUAGGAUGGUAUCUAUUACCAAAACAUUCAGAAUGUUUAAAAAGAUUAAAGGAAAUUGAUAUGAGUGACAUAAAUGCUGAUCCGAUUGUCACAUUCGGCGAUAGGCACUUUCUGAUAAUAACAAUUUUUAUGGCGUUCAUAUUACCAACAAUUGUACCAGUAUUUUUAUGGAAUGAAACUUGGUAUUGGGCAAUUAUUUCACAAUGUUUUAUUCGCUAUAUUGCAGUUGUAAAUGCAUCUUCCUCUGUUAAUAGUUAUGCACAUAUGUUUGGAUCCAAACCAUACGACAGAACCAUAAAAGCCACCGACAGUAAAUUUGUUCAAAUUUUCACUUUUGGAGAAGGUUGGCAUAAUUUUCAUCAUGUAUUCCCUUGGGAUCAUCGUGCUGGUGAAAUGGCAAAAAUUGACUUUAAUGGUAGUUUAUAUUUAAUUAAUCAAUUUAAAAAAAUUGGAUGGGCCUAUGAUUGCAAAACAGUAAGCAAUGAGAUGAUUCGAAAAAUUGCUGAAAGAAGAGGUGAUGGAAAUUAUGAAUUAUGGAAAGAAGUGUCAGAAGAGGAAAAUUAUUAAAGUAUUUUUUAGAAAAUAUAUUGAAAUAUGAUUAUAACUAAUUAUUAUAAUAGAGAAUUUAUAAUUAUAUAUUUGAUACUAGGAAAUAAAAUAAUUAAACUCUUUAAAUUAUAUUAUAAAUUUAUAAAUAAAUUUACAUAAUAUAACAAAAAAAACAAUUAUGCGCAGAAGGAAAAGGAAGUAUCUUGUAUAACAUUGUGUGAAUCAAUUUC